AGGUCCCAGAUGUACGUACCGUUAUACUGGAAGUAAUCCGUAUGUAUCGUGUGACAAUGGGCAGCUAAAUCUGCUGUGUACCAAUCAGGAGCCAGCUAUAGUUAGAUACACUUCCUACUCCCCGGCUAGCUCCAACUCAAUUCUAACCUUUGAGGGAUAUAUUGGUACCUUCCUGAGACAACAUGUAUGUGAUACAGUACGACUGGACUCGACACAGUAUUUGUGGUCUCACUCAAGGCUAGGUUUUACUGCGAAGUGUGGUGACAAGCCGGUGGACCCUAUGGUUGUACAGGCCGCUCUAGCGACGGAGGGAUACCAUAAUCAGGGGACCCUUAAACUUGUUCCUACACCAUUAAACAACUACCACAGUGGUGUACGUCCUUGUGAAUUCGUUUAUUUACAUGAUAAAUGUAAAAUGCAUAAUUCAAUGUCUGUAUCCUUUUCGUAACAAGCAAAUAAUUGAUAUGAUGUACAUUAAUUACAUCGAUAUUGUCUUUGUGUGGUAUAAGAUAAGAUAAAUGCUUAACGAUCUCGAUCCCAUUGUCCCGGGAAAAUCGAGUGUGCGUUAAUUUACAAAUGCCCCUUAAUAAUAAUGUGAAAACCGUUUGCCUAUGCUUAUAAAUAUGUAUUUAAUGUUUUAUCAGAAAAGCCUUAUCAAUUCAGGCAUAUUAGCUAUUGAAAAUUGAGAUAUCAAUGUUGCACAAUGCUGUUUGUUUUCAGUAAAUCAAGUCUGUUUAUUAAUAGAUGCAUGUAGCUACAAUUUUUGCCGUGAAGAUUCAAAACUACACUAACCCAGAUCAUUCCUGUAAAACAAAUGAAACAUCCACAAGGAAAUGUUGUGACGGCGGUCAUCUACAUCAUUGUGAUACAGACACGUGUGACACACAUUUCAGGAUCUGUAUUAACAAUGAUCCACUUAACACCCAACAUGGGAACUGUAUAGAAACAGUGGUCAGACCGAACACUAACGAGCUGUCCACUUGUGGAGACAUCCGUGUUAACCACACAACUAACCAACUGGACGUUGCAUCUACGUAUAUCUCCGUCACGGACACGUGGACCUGGAAUAACACGUAUAUCCACGUCGAGGUGAGGGACGCUGACGAUGCCAAUAAGUAUGACGUUAUUGACGUCAUCACGUUAAAACAGGACCUGACCCCCGGGCAUUGGGAUCUGUCAGACGCUACCGCAGUAUCAGUUCUACUUAAAGGGCACGUCAGUUUACACAUGCGUUUGUUGGUUUGGUGCGGCGCCCAUCGGUACGGAAAGAAUUGUGACGUACAAUGUUCGGCGAAGGGACAUAAGUCAUGUGACCCCGAUACUGGCGCCACGAUCUGUCAAUCUGGUUACACCGGGAACGACUGUCACGACAUCGAUGAGUGUAAGGAAUCAUACUGCCAUGGACCUGGUACAAGUCUUUGUACUAAUCAUGUCGGAUCCUACCAUUGUAGCUGUAAUGGUGGGUGGUCAGGACAGAACUGUUCACAGGAUAUCGACGAAUGUAAAACGUCCAAUGCAUGUCAUCAUGGCGGAACAUGUACCAAUAGUCCGGGUAGCUUCUCUUGUUCUUGUGUAAAUGGAUGGACAGGGACAAUUUGUGACAAUGACGUGAAUGAGUGUGAAAAUGAUCCCUGUCUACACGGAGGUACGUGUCACAAUACCGAUGGGUCAUUUCUUACCGAUGGGUCAUAUACUUGUUCAUGCAAGGGCUUCAGUGGACAAAAUUGUACACAGGAUGUGGACGAAUGUCAGAAUAAUCCCUGUUUGCACGGAGGAACGUGUAAUAAUACAGUCGGUUCGUACACGUGUGUUUGUCACCACGGAUACAGUGGACAAAACUGUCAGCAUGACAUCAACGAGUGUAAUUAUAAUCCAUGCCAACAUGGAGGAGUGUGUAACAAUACCGACGGGUCAUAUACUUGUUCAUGCAAGGGCUUCAGUGGACAAAAUUGUACACAGGAUGUGGACGAAUGUCAGAAUAAUCCCUGUUUGCACGGAGGAAAGUGUAACAAUACAGUCGGUUCAUACACGUGCUCAUGCCACGGAUACAGUGGACAAAACUGUGGUGAUGACAUUAACGAGUGUAAAUAUAUAAAGUGCCCUAACGAUCACACACAUUGUGUCAACACUAUCGGAUCUUACAGGUGUCAGUGUAACAAAGAAUGGACUGGAGACCAGUGUAAUACUGACGUGAAUGAGUGUCAACUUCAUCAUCAUCAGCCCUGUCAACAUGGCGGAACAUGCCACAAUAUAGAUGGUAACUACACCUGUCACUGUGUUACCGGCUGGACUGGCUGGAAUUGUGAUCGUGAUGUUAACGAAUGUGAAAUCAGACCCAAAGUAUGUCGAAAUAAUGGAGCUUGUACCAAUAAAGAGGGUGGUUAUAGUUGUGCGUGCAAGUCAGGGUGGACUGGAGAUAAUUGUACAUCAGAUGUAAAUGAAUGCAACAACCAAGUGUGUAAGAAUAAUGCCACGUGCACUAAUACAGCUGGUAGCUACGAGUGUCUCUGUGCUACAGGUUGGCAUGGCAAAACUUGUGAGGACGAUAUAGACGAAUGCAACCAUCACAAUCCUUGCAAGCAUAAUAGUCACUGUAUCAACAAAGCUGGAGAUUACCAAUGUAACUGUACCGUAUACUGGACUGGUAAAAACUGUUCUGAGGACAUUGACGAAUGUAACAGACAUAAUAUAUGUCAUAAUCGUGGGGCGUGUACCAAUAGUAAUGGUGAUUUCUCUUGUUCUUGUGCUAAAGGAUGGACAGGGAAUAUAUGUGAAAAUGACGUUGACGAGUGUUUAAACACAACAAUAUGUCAACAUGAAGGGAAAUGUAACAAUAUUGAUGGCGGCUUCACGUGUCAUUGUACUUUUGGAUGGACAGGGGACCGAUGUCAAACGGAUGUCAACGAGUGUCGACAUAAUCCCUGUCAACAUAACGGCACUUGUACCAAUAAAGAGGGUGGUUAUAGUUGUGCGUGCAUGUCAGGGUUGACUGGAGAUAAUUGUACAUCAGAUGUAAAUGAAUGUCAUCAUCAAGUGUGUAAGAAUAACGCCAUGUGUACCAAUAUCGACGGUGGCUAUAAAUGCCAAUGUUCUGAGGGUUGGCAAGGCCAUACUUGCGAGGAGGAUAUUGAUGAAUGCCAAAGAAACCCUUGUCAUCACGAGGCUACAUGCCAUAACAUUGCCGGAUCGUAUAUCUGUAACGUAGAUAUAGACGAAUGCAAUCUGAUCAACGCCUGCCUUCAUGGGCUUUGUGAAAACACUAACGGGAGCUUCAUGUGUAAAUGCCGGGUUGGUUGGAGCGGCCCUAACUGUACGGACGAUGUCGAUGAGUGCCGAACCGUUCGACCUUGUCUAAAUAGCGGACAAUGUAUAAACACGGCCGGAAGUUUCCGAUGUAUCUGUACACCGCAGUGGGUUGGUCACCUUUGCUCACAAGAUGUAGACGAAUGCAAACUCCCUAACCGCUGUAAUGGAAAUGACGUGUGUAUUAACUAUCCGGGAGGUUUCCUGUGUUCCAAUCAAACUGAGAGCACAACUUCCAAGGAUUUGAUUUCGAACUCAACGUUUUCCUCAGAGUCCUAUGUCAGUGUCAUCGGCCUAGAAUGUUCUGCUAACGCCUGGACAAUUCGGAUAUAUCUUCCUGAACUUUACAAGCGCCAUGUUGAUUUUGAUCCAUCUGAUAUAUACCUUGGUGAGGCGGGGUGUGAGGGCUAUCGGUCUGGAGACUAUCUGAUCAUAUACCAACAGUACAGUAACUGUCUUACUCGCCAUAAUAUAACUUUGGGAAAUGACGUAUAUAGUAACACUCUAGUGUAUGCACUUCGUGACGUCAACUACAAAUUCAUCAUCCGGGCAUUCAGAUUCCGAUUAGACCUGGAGUGUAAUAUGGCCAAGCACGAGACGAUAUCACAACAUUUCAUUGAGACACAUAGUCAGGUGCGCAUGCGCAGCAAUAAUCCACGAAUUUCCUGUCAUGGGUACUACAAUGUCUUAAUGACAUUCUACAGGGAUUCUAACUUCCUACAUCCAAUGAUGGAUAAUAGCCUGCUUCUGGCCGACAUUGGAGAGGAUAUCUACGUUAAACUAACCACACACGUGACCUCCACAGACGUAAAGAUGAGGCUCGACUCCUGCUACACACUGCCAUCUCCAGGAGCGGCAGAAAACUUUAAAUUUUACAUCAUUAGAAAUGCGUGA